AUGUCCGCUACGCACCCCUUUGACCCUCUUAGUCCCUCGGAAAUCACCAAGGCAGCAGAAGUAGUACGAGAGCUACUUCAGGGAAAAUGCCUCAACUUUCGCGUCAUCACCUUGAAAGAACCACCUAAGCGCGAGAUGAUAGCCUUUUUGGACACAGAACAUCUUGGGCAACCCCAGCUUUCCCGACCGGUUCGUAUCGCUUAUGUCCAAGUGAUCGUUUGCGGCGACUCUGGCCCAAAUGAACUCACUGAGCUGCUGGUAGAUCUCGACCGCGGCGUUGUCACCCAACGUGAGAUCCUGGUGGGAAAGCACUCAUUCAUCGACUCGGCUUAUAUGAAAGCGGUUGAAGAUGCGUGUAUGGCAGAUGAGAGGGUGCAACUAGAGGUCAAGAAAUUGCGUCUACCUCAAGGUGCCUCGGUCGUUGUUGAACCAUGGGCUUAUGCCACCGACGGUAUGAACGACAUGUCGGAGCGGACUAGCAUGUGUUGGUUCUAUAUGCGACUCUUGGAUAAUCCUGACGCCAACUACUAUGCCUACCCGCUUGACUUGUGUGCAGAGGUCUCGGAGCAACUCCAGGUUACCAAGGUCUAUCAUUUACCUUCCUCUGAGAGUGAGAGUGUUCGUGAGGAAGCACACCCCUACGACUCCUGUAAGAUUCAUUCUACUGCCAUGAGUGAAUAUCAUCCCAGUUUAAGGCCACCGCCACGCACAACCACCAAGCCCUACCAGGUCGUUCAACCGGAAGGUGUGUCCUUCGAGACACACGGAAAUCAGUUGACUUGGGAGAAAUGGACGAUGCGCGUGGGAUUCAACUAUCGUGAGGGUCUCACCUUGCAUGAUAUCCGUUACGAUAGUCGCAGUCUCUUCUAUCGUCUGUCUUUGUCAGAGAUGUUUGUGCCGUAUGGUGAUCCUCGGGCUCCUUUCCCACGUAAAGCAGCAUUUGAUCUCGGGAACGAUGGUGCUGGGAUAAACGCCAACAACUUAUCUCUUGGAUGUGACUGUCUUGGAACGAUCAAAUAUUUCGACGGAUGGCACAACACUUCGUCCGGUGAGCCACUGAAAUUGCCCAAUGUCGUCUGUUGCCAUGAACAAGACGAUGGGAUUCUAUGGAAGCACACAAACUUCCGUACAGGCAAUGCCGCGGUAGUCAGGUCACGCAUCCUAGUUUUGCAAACGAUCAUCACGGUCAGCAACUAUGAGUACAUCUUUGCUUUCCACUUUGGCCAGGAUGCUUCGAUUCAUUACGAGGUUCGAGCCACUGGAAUCUUGUCAACUACCCCCAUCAACAUUGGUGACAAAGUCGGUUAUGGCACUAUUGUUGCCCCCGGUGUCCUUGCGCCAUACCACCAGCACCUAUUCUCCCUUCGUAUUGAUCCUGCAAUUGAUGGAGUUGCAAACUCAUUGCAGGUUGAAGAAUCUCAUCCUUUGCCCUUCAAUGAUCCAUCGGUUCAAAAUCCUUUCGGAGUUGGAUACAAAACACAUUCAAAUAUUGUGACUGAGGAAGGGGGACUGGAUCUGGAUUUCAAUCAGAAUCGUACAUUCAAGAUCAUCAACGAGGCGAAAGUCAAUCCAAUUACCGGUACGCCGGUUGGAUUCAAGCUUCUCCCAUGCUAUAGUCAAAUGCUGCUAGCCCAUCCCGAAUCGUUCCAUGCAAAGCGAUCUGAAUAUACGAAACAUGCAGUCUGGGUAACUCGGUACCGCGAUGAUGAGCUUUUCCCAGCCGGGAGGCAUACUAUGCAGUCUCUUGGCGGCGAAGGAAUCCACUCGUCGAUUUCUCGACGGAAAAACGACCCUGAUGCCGAGACAGCGGUGCGGAAUGAGGACAUUGUUGUUUGGCAUACAUUUGGCUCGACCCAUAACCCGAGAAUUGAGGACUGGCCAGUGAUGCCCUCUGAGAAGAUGGUGGUUGGUCUGAAACCCGUCAACUUCUUUACAGGAAACCCCAGUUUAGAUGUUGCCGUGUCCACUCAAAAAAAUAACCAGAGUACCCUGGUUGAUGAAGCUGAGUCGGCGGCAUGUUGUUCUCGGGGUCAUUAA